UUGAAUUUCUCAGUUCGUUAGUGUUUACAAAUAAUAUCAGUGAACGAGUAUAGGUUAAAUCGAUUUCAAGUGCUGUCUACUGGAGGGCGUUUAGCCUCGAAUAUUUUCUCAAAUUAUCAGUAAAUAACUAUAAUGAAGCAAUGAUGGGAAGCAAAGAGGAUACAGUUAGAGUGAAAGAAGAGCCGAAGGAAACUUGUCCAGAUGUAAGCAACGGUUAUAAUUUUGAUUCGAUGGACUCUUGCGAAGUCAAAAACGUUAAAACAUGCAAAGUUUUUAAAUCUUCGGAACAUCGUGUGAAUGAGGUUAUGGCGCUACAGGAAAAUUUUGAUGAAAAAAUAUUUGUUGAUAUAGAAUGCAAACAUGUGAAACUUGAAGAGACGUCUCCAUCAACAACCAUCUGCAAAAAUGAGUAUCAGAUUUAUUCAUCCGUUAUUAAAGUAGAAAAACAAAUUCCGACUAGUUACUUAAAAGAAAAAAGUUUAUUGAUUUUGAUAAAAAAAGAUUUCGAUUAUUAUAAUAAUUGUCUCUUUAAAAUAAAUCCUCGAAUGAAAAUUGUAGAGUAUAAAGAUAAGAAAAUAUUCAAAAGAACACCUCAAACCAAAUACUCUCACCAGUGUAAAAUUAAUCGAAAACUUAAUGAAGAAAAAGAAGAAGAAGUGAGUUUAAAAAGACAUAUCAACAAAAAGUAUAAGAGCAUUAGAAAAUAUGAAUGUAAAAUUUGUCUCAAAGUAUUUCGUUACCAGAGCUCUUUCAAACGUCACGUCAACGUAGUACAUGAUCGGAUCAAACCCUUUGAAUGUGAGAUUUGUCACAAUUCAUUUGGAGUAAGGAGUAGCCUCAGAAUUCACAUGAAUACAGUACAUAAUCGAAGCAAACCCUUUGAAUGUGAGAUUUGUCACAGAUCAUUUGGAAGAAAAGGUGACCUGAAACUUCACAUAAUUACAGUACAUGAUCGUAGCAAACCCUUUGAAUGUGACAUUUGUCACAAAUCGUUUGGUCGCAAGGAUAGUUUAAAAUUUCACAUAAAUGUAGGUAACCUUAGUAAGCACAUAAAUGUUGUACAUAGUAAGAAAAAAACCUUCGAAUGUGAAAUAUAUCACAAAUCAUACGGGUGCCAGAACUACCUUAAAACUCACAAAAUGUAG